CACUGCAGGAGAAUCUGUACCCUCAGACUAGAGAGUCGCCCCCUCUCUGACUCCAGUGUCUGAAGUCCGCCCUCUCUCCAGCACCGCCCCCUCGGCCCCUCCCUCAGUCCGCCUGCUUGCCUUGGGAGCCAGUCUUCCUGAGGUUUUAGGGCACUGGCCCUGAACCAGAGCUGUGGGAAGUGAAGGUGGACCCAGGCUGCAGUGGGGGGUCAAAGCAGAGGUGUGGGGAGAGCAAGGAGGGCCGAGGCCGAAGUGGCGGCGAGCUGCUGGGGAGUUCAUGGAGAGUGAGGCUAGGAAGUGGGGGCAGUAGUGGGGUCUGGGGAGAAAAGUGCCGGGCUAGAAGGAGGAAGGCGCUGGGACUGCGCACCAGGCACAGGGUGGAGCUGAGCGAGGAGGCAGCGACGGCGCGGGUCUGGGACCGGUGCUCCGGGGAGGGUCGGAAGGCACCAGGGAGGAGGUCAGAGAGGACAGGGAGCCCCGAGAUCGAGGGUCCGAGCUGGAGCACGUGCGAGUGUGGUCGCUCAGGUGAGGGUGGUGGAGCCAGAGUUUGAGCCGCGUUCCAGAUCCACGCUGGAGAACCUGGGGUGCAGCGAACAGACGGGGAGCGUGGGCAGGAGCCUGCGCCCAGGGGCCCUACGCUGGGAGAUGCGGGUGCGCCUGGGCGCUCUGGCGGGCGCCGCGGCACUGAGUGGGGCCAUCAGUUUCGUGCUGCUGGCGGUCGCCAUCGGCACCGACUUCUGGUACAUCAUCGACACCGAGAGGCUGGAGAGGAACAGCUCAGGGGCGCAGGACCGGGGACCCGCCAACCACAGCCAGCUGGAGCCUCUGAGCUCCCACUCCGGUCUCUGGCGGACUUGCCGGGUCCAGAGCUCCUGCACGCCUCUGAUGAACCCCUUCUGGCAGGAGAAUGUGACGGUCAGCGACUCAAGCCGACAGCUUCUCAGUGAACCAACAGCUAGAGGUGGUUGACACUGGGCUGGCGUUCCUUUGAACUUGUUACAGUAACAGCCCUACUUGUUCCCCGACUCCGAGAAACAGGCGGAAGUCUCACUCAGCAGAUUCCUUGGCGCUGGACCUCUGAUGUCAACGUAACCACAGCUCCGCUACCAGCCGUACGUGUGACCUUGGGCAUUUCCUCCACCUGUCUGGGAUCAGCUCCCUCGUGUUGAGGGCACCAGCCAUCUUCUUUCUAAUCUUUUUUUGUUUAACCUCCUUCUUACACAGAGCACUUUUAAAAUUGUUUGUUAUUAUUGUCUGUGUGUAGAUCAGAGAACAACUUCAUGAACUGUUCUCUCUUUCUGCCUUUAUGUGGGUUCUGGGGAUCUCAAGCAGGCCAGUAGGCUUGCAUGGCGAGCACUUCCUCCACCCUACCCCCAGCCAUCUUGAUGGCCUUUUAAUCUCAAGGUGAGGACGGAAUUUGAGAGGUAUCUUUAACAAGCCCAGGGUGGCGAGUGCUUGGUUACAUAUACCAAGCGCCGGAGCUGCUGUGAUUCCCACUGUAUUAUCAGGAAUGAGGACAAGCUGCCCCUUUGGACUGUGCACUCAUUGCAAAUCACCUCCAGAGAGAGCUUUUUCUCAGAAUUGGUUUUCUCCUAUAAAUGAAUUUUGUGUUUAGUCCAAGCUCUUUAUGAUGUAAAGAUGUUCCAGUCAUUUGAAGAUCCUUUGUAUUGGCCAGAGAGACAGGCUGACAACAGAGUUGUCCUGAGUCGGCCCCUGAGCUGAUCCUGGUGGGCGUGGUGGACAGAAAACUCAAGCCUGCCGAGAGACCACUGUAGUGUAUUCUGAGCCCGGCAGGCAGAGUGGUCAGCCAUACCCCAUCACCACGGCCUCAUGAUUCCACUGGGCCAUCUGGGAGGAGUGAGCAGAUGGCCCCACUCUUCACCUCUUCCGGCCAGGGACAGAGGAAGCCAUCUGUUCGAGCUCCGUUUCUGUUGCUGUAGCAAACACCCCGACAAAGAGCAACUUAGGAGGGAAAGAAUUUGCUUGGCCCACAAUUCCAGUUUACAGUCCUGUUUGUGAGGAAGUCAAGGCAGGGACUUAGAGCAUUGUGUCCACACUCAAGAGCAAAAGGAUGCAUGGAUUUUUGCUUGCUGGCUAGUACUCAGCUAGUGGUCUCUACUUUUAUAUAAGCAUUCCUUAACCUGAGGGUUGAGACCCUUUGAGGGGGUGGAAUGACCCUUUUUCAGGGGUCCUCUAAGACUAUUGGAAAACACAGAUAUUUACAUUAUGAUUCAUAAAAGUAGCAAAUUUACAUUUAUGAAGUAGCAAUGAAAAUAAUUUUAUGGCUGGGGGUCACCACAACACAAGGAACUGUAUUAAAAGGCUGCAGUGUUAGGAAGACUGAGAACCACUGUUCUAUAUAGUCAGGGCCCAGUGCAUGAAAUAAUGCCUUCCACAUUUAGGGUGGGUCUCCCCACCUCAACCAAUAAUUAAGACAACACCUGCCCCCAGACAUGCCCACAAGCCAACCAAGUCUAGAUAAUUCCUCAUUAAGACUCUCUUCUCAGAUGAAAACCAACCAGUUCAGCAUCCAGGGGGCGCAUCCCUCAGCAGCCGUCUUGAUACCCUGGCUUGAGUAUUUAUUUGACUUCCAGAUUCGCUCUAGGAAAGUGCUUUUUGUGGCAAGGAAGUUGUCACUCAGCACUCUUCAAGAGCUGUGGUGGACAGCCAGUGGACUAAGGGUGCAAGCCAGGAAUCUUUUGGUGGCAAAUGACAAAAACACCAAUUAUGCCAACUUAAAGAGGAGGAGGAAUGGCUGGCCCACAUUUUUGAGGAGGUCUAGUGUGUUGGGAUCCCUGGGGCUCUGUCCCUUUUUUUCCCUCUGUGCACUUUGCUUUGGAUGGGGGUGUGUUUGGGCUGAAUCUUGCAGUCCAGAAGGGAGGGGCUAUCCCACUGGACCAGAUUGGAUCAUAGGCCUUUGUGUUGCGCCAAUUGACUGAAGCUAAAAGAUACCAUGUGCUGACUGGCCAGGUUGGACCAUGUAACUAUUCCUUUUCUUUUCUUUAUUUUUUCCCCCUCUCCGAGGCUGUUCUGGAACUCAAUCUGUUGACUAGGCUUGCCUCGAAUUCUGUCUCUGCCUCCUGGGCACAGGGAUUAAUGGCGUGUGCUACCACUCUGGCCCUCAUGGACACUCUUAUUAAAGGGGCAGAAAUGGCAUUAGCCCCUUAAAGACAAUGGACAGGAGUAGGGUUUCGUGACUGCAACUUACCCACCUGUGUGAAUUCUUAGCAGUCACCUGUGACCGUAAGUGGGCUCUUCUGGGAGGAAAUGAGAUUCUAUGUGCAAAGAUCCAGGGAUAGGAUCUGUAUACAGUAGGAGUUCAAUGAAUGCUUACAUCUUUAUUACAUCCCUGAGCCUCCAGCUUCCCACUUGGAAACUUAUUUAUUUGUAGAGAUUUCUGAGGGGUGGCAAGAUGGCUUAGUGGGUAAAGACUUGCCGUGCAAGUCUGAGGAUUUGAGUUUUGUCCUUGGAACCCUGUGCAAACACGAUAAGAGAGAAUCGACUCCAUAAAGUUGUCCUCUGAGCUCUACACGCAUGAAACGACACACAUCAUCUCUCCAACAUAUACGCACACAUAUGCACACAUAAUGAAGUUUUUAAAAAGAAGUUUUUUGUAUGCGCAUGUGUGCGUGGUGUGUGUGUAUGUGUGUGUAUGUGUGUGUGUGUGUGGUGUGUGAAGGUGUACAUGCCAGGCAAACACAUGUGUAGGUCAGAGGUUAAUGUUGUGUCUUUCUGUAUCAUUUUACACCCUGUUUUUUGAGACAGGGUCUCUUGCUGAACCUGGAGCUUCCUGUUUCAGCUAGACAUCUGGCAGUGAGUUCCCAUGACCAGAUUGCCCUCCUUGCCCAACCUGUAGGGUUACAAAUGGGCGCUGCCACACCUGGCCUCGACAUGGACGCUGGGUUUGGAACUUGGGUCCUCACACUUGCGUAUCAGGCAUUUCACCCCUGGGCCAUCUCUCUGCCUGACCUCCUGAUAUAUUUAGCGUACAUUUGCUUCCCUCCUAGUGUUUGUCUGUCUGUCUGGCAUUGAAGACCAUGAGACAGACGCUGUGGGCCAAACACUGCUCUGUCGUCUUCACACGUAUCAACUUUUUAAAUUUCCACAACAGCCCACGAGGGGCCAAUAUUAUACAUAUUAUUACACCCAGCUUUGUAGGUGAGGAAGCGUAUGGCACAGAGAGGGUAGGUGAGUUACUUAAGUUUGCACAGUAGCUGGCCGAUCUGGGACUUGAACCCUGGCAGUUUACUUCUCCUCUGUUGGAAUGAUGCUGUGCUGAGUCACAUUUCAGUUCAAUGUGUGUACAAGAAGACCAGAGGACCCGGGAGCUGGCGCCGUUGGUAAAGUGCUUGCCGUGAAAGCAUGAGGACCCCAGUUUCACACCCAGAACCUACAAAACCCAAUCAAACAACAGCCAAAAGCAAAACAAAAUUCAUAACCCCCCUCAACUCCCCCCACCCUGGUGCUAGCGGGCAGCUAGGCAACAGGUGGAUCCCUGGGGUUCUUUGUCCAGCCAAACUGAGUGACGUCCUUAGAAACGACACCUGAAGUUGACCUCUGGCCUCUACAUGCACAUCACACAAGCACACUCAGACCUGCACACUCAGGAACAUGUAAACACACACAGGCACAUGCAUGUAUCACACACAUGUGUGUGAGACUGACCAGAGUUUCAGGCUACUCUGCCUCAGAGAGGAGACUGAGGAGGAAGAGCAAGUGGAACAGGAUUGGACCAGUAUGUUUCAGAAACAGCCAGAAGGCCUGUAGUUCUGGAGGGUGGCCUAGAAAGUGCUUCUCAGAGGCGUGCCUGACCUGUCCAGGCUCAUCUUCAGCUGUGUCUUCAGAGUAGGUGACCAUGAUCAGGCGGACUCGGAGGUCAAAUGCUUUCCACAGCAGCCGAGGCUGACUGAGCUGGGGCCUGGCCUCCGUGAGGCCGCAAGAUUAGGGAGAAAAAUCACCCGACCGGGUUUCCUGGUGUUCUGGAUGCAGGGCCGCUGCAGUAGUGUGGAAAAUUAAAAUGAAGCUGGGUGGGAAAUGAAAAUGGAAGUGUGGGGGCGGAACAGAGAGAAGGACAUAAAACACUCAGUGUCGAGCGGCUCUGGGCACAGGAGGGAUAUAGUGUAUGAUUUCCUCAGAGUGGUGCUGCAGGCGAGGUGGGAUGUGGAGAGAGAGCGAGGUCGGUCGGAGCUCAGGAGUCUGUCAUGCUUUAGAUAUGGAGUCUCCUCUCGUGGUCUGUGGAGAGCUCUAGGAAAGGCAAGGGCAGAGAGGUUGUCACUGAACGAGGCACUCGCCACCGAACGAGGCACUCGCCGUGUCCAUGGACGACUCUGUGGAUGAGUUGGAGCUGAAGGAGCUUGAGGCUGUGGAGCCGGUUGGAGGAAGAGGCUGAGGAGUGGGGUAGUGGCCUCGUCUCCCUCUCUGCUUCCCGGCUGCCCAGAGAUGAACAAUUCUCUGUUAUGACAUUUCUGCCUUGUCACCAGCCCGAAAGCCAAGGAGCCAGGUGACCAUGGACGGAAUCCGUGGGAGCUCUGAGCCCAAAUCAACCU